AUGUGUUUCGACACAAAAUCAAUUUAUUCAUUCGACUUUGAAAGGACAGAAGAAAAAUAUCCAAUUCUUCAAGUGGGGAGAAAUAUUACAUUUAUAAAGGAUCAAGUUCGGGAAUUCCUUAACAACAUUACAGAGCCAUUCUUCCUCUAUGUCGCAUUCCACGAUCCUCACCGAUGUGGACAUACAAAUCCACAGUACGGAGAGUUUUGUGAAAAAUUCGGAACUGGUGAACCAGGUAUGGGUUACAUCCCAGAUUGGCAGCCCAUUUUGUACCAACCAGAUGAAAUUGAAUUGCCAUAUUUUUUACCAAACACAUUAGAAGCUAAACAGGACGUUGCCGCUCAAUAUUCGACCAUUUCUCGUCUGGAUCAAGGUGUUGGUUUAGUUUUGAAGGAAUUGGAAUUGUCUGGUCAUCUUAAUGACACCCUCAUCAUUUACAGUUCUGAUAACGGGAUUCCCUUUCCAAAUGGUCGUACAAAUCUGUAUGAUUCAGGAUUGGCAGAGCCUAUGUUCAUAUCUUCCCCUCUGCACUCAGAAAGGCAAAAUAAGGUAACUUACUCUUUGGCCAGUUUAUUGGAUAUUGUUCCCACACUUUUGGACUGGUAUGCGAUUCCUAAAGGACGUAGGGGAAAAGCUAAGAAUAAACUUACUGGAAAAAGCCUUCUUCCAUUGCUAAUUAAAGAACCAGAAAACAAGAGUUCAGAAGCUGUCUUUGCAAGUCACAAUCUGCAUGAAGUGACCAUGUACUAUCCUAUGAGAGCAAUUCGCACCCAAAAAUUGAAGUUGAUUCACAAUAUCAAUUACUACGCACCAUUCCCUAUUGAUCAAGAUCUCUAUUUAUCACCAACAUUCCAGUAUAUUUUAAAUAAAACCCGAGCCAAAGAAGGUGUAAACUGGUUCAAAACAUUGAAUACAUAUUAUAAUAGACCAGAAUGGGAACUGUACGAUUUAAGGCAUGAUCCUGCCGAAUUAAAUAAUUUAUAUGGAAACUCUAAAUACAAGUCGGAAUUUGAUGAAUUACAAACAAAGCUUUUUGACUGGCAGUUACAAACCAACGAUCCUUGGCUUUGCGCUCCUCAUUCAGUUUUCGAAGAAAAAGGAGCCUUCAAAAAUAACCCUCAAUGCAUGACGUUAGACAAUGCUUCUUAGUAAAAAGUAAGUUAAUAUUUCUCAUAAUCUAGGAUAGAAACUUUUAACAGCUCUAACAGAAAGCAAUAACGAAUCUCUAAUAAUAUAAUAAAUUAUAAAUUAUAUGAUUCUCAAAUUGUUAAAACAAAUGAACAGUAAAAUAGGUGUAGAAAUGAUAGGAUGUCUUAUACUUUAUUGCCAGUAAAAUUUAUUUUUGUCACUUCUAUAAUUAUAAAUCAUUUUCGUAAAGAAAUAAUGAUAAUUUGUAUUAUCAAUAAUUCCCAUCACUCAUUCAUGAAGAUUUUGUCCAGGUGCACAAAAAACUCAGAAGUCAGUUUAUGGUAAUUUAUUUUUACAAAACAAAAUUUGUCACUGACGUACACAUAUUAAUUGAGUUAACAUUUUUAAUAUGGAUACAACAAAGACUGAGAUUCUAAGCAGCAUAUUUUUUUUUAUUCUUGUUGAUAAUUAUAAACCUUAUUUUCUGAUAAAAUUCAGAUAUUAUAUUAAACAUCAACCUAAUUACUUGCAUUAUUACAUAUAUAAAUAAAAAAAUAAUAAGCUGUUCUUUGGUCAAAUUGUUAGCGUAAAGCAAUAC